AUGAAGAGGAAGGUGAGCACGAUCAUGGAGCUCCAUUCCAUCGCCAAGAUUCCCCGCGACACCACCGACAGGAACAGGACCUCGCCCUUCGCCUUCACGGGCAACAAGUUCGAGUUCAGGGCUGUGGGAUCGUCGCAGACUUGCGCCACCCCGGUGACGACCAUCAACACGAUCAUCGCCGACAGCUUGAUCUACCUCGCCGACCUGAUCGAGAAGCGACUGAAGGAGGCCGGCUUCACGACGGACCGCGCGGUCAACAUCUCGACCGCGGAGGAGGACGAGCGCGAGGACAUCAUCAACGCCGUCAUCUGCGACACCCUCAAGGAGCACUACGACGUCGUCUUCAACGGCAACAACUACAGCGAGGAGUGGACCGAGAUCGCCAAGGAGCGCGGCCUGCCCAACCUGAGCACGGCGCCCGAGGCCCUCGCCGUCUACACGGCCAAGAAGAACAUCGACAUGUUCGCCCGGCUGGGUGUUCUCUCGGAGACUGAGCAGCACGCGCGAAGCAACAUCACCAACGAGUUCUUCCUGAAGAGCCUCGUCAUCGAGGGCCAGUCCAUGGUCCAGCUCGCCGAGAACUACGUCCUGCCCGCCGCCCUCCAGUACCAGAAGAACGUCGCCGACUCCAUCAUCGUCGCGGCCCAGGUGCUCGACAAGGAGGCCGCCGGCCUGCUCGCGCCCCAGAAGCAGCUCGUGGCCAAGGUGACCGGCCUCAUCGCCGAUCUCAUGCGCACCACCCAGGCCCUCAAGAGCGUGCUCGACAAGGAGAAGAACGAGGAUGAAGAGGAUCCGCAGCGCAUGCUGCACGUCUACCACCCGGCCAUCAGCAGCGGCAUGAGGGACGUGCGAGCCGUGUGCGAUGCGCUCGAGGAGAUGAUCGACGACGCCCUCUGGCCGCUGCCCAAGUACUCCGAGAUGCUCUUCCUCGUGUAA